GACGAAGGUGCAGCAGCUCAGGCUGAAGCACAAGAAGAAGCAUUGCCAGGAUCUGAAUGGCGAUCCAAGGCAAUCACCAAGAUGAGCCAGAUGCCAAAGGACAUGGUCAAAUGUAAGAUUUGCGUCUUACCCAGCCGCACAGGAUGGCCCGCUCUCGAAGCUCACUUUUCAGAACUAUGCCUUACGCUCCCAGACUGGUACUCUCGGCAUCGUCUUUUCUCGCGAUACGACGAGGGUAUCCUCCUCGACCGCGAGUCGUGGUUCUCCGUCACCCCCGAAGCAAUCGCAGCCCGCAUCGCCGAGCGUUGUCGCUGCAACGUCGUCCUUGACCUCUUCUGCGGCGCAGGGGGCAAUGCCAUCCAAUUUGCAAUGACGUGCAACAAGGUCAUCGCUAUCGACGUCGACCCAAUCAAGAUCGAGAUGGCAAGACACAACGCAGCCAUCUAUGGUGUACAGGACAGGAUCACCUUUCUCGUGGGGGACGCAGUGGAGUUUUGUAGGGAUUGGACAGAGGGUCGCGAGGGACUGGUGGACAUCGACGUUGUCUUUCUUUCGCCUCCCUGGGGAGGGACAGACUACCAGAAGGGGCAAGCAGACUCUGAACCCCCCGCACCGCCGCUAGCUGCCUCGCUCCUCGACGAGUCCUUCGAUGCCAGCGCCACAGAGAAACGCAAGCAGAGCGCCGAUGCACAUACCAAGUCACGCUACACUCACUACCCACUCUCGGCCCUCUCGCCCCUCUCCGGCCAAGACCUUUACGCCAUGGCCUCCAAGAUAACGCCAGAGGUCGUCAUGUUCCUACCACGAAGCUGUGACCUUGAUGAGCUGUCUCGCCUGCCGCUGAGACACAGUGACCAAGACACCGACAGCGAGGGCGAGAACGAAAGGCCCAUCCUAAGCAUCGAAGAGCAGUUUCUGGGCUCGUCAUUCAAGGCAUUGAGCGUCUAUUUUGGUUCAUUGGCUACAGAUUGGGAUGAUGAUCGAGAGACGGGCUACGCCUAA